AUGGCAAGGUUGAAUGAUCCACCGCAGUCCGCGGAUAGCUACGAAACGCUCCGCAGGAAGCUUCUCCGCCAGAACCGAGACCUCGCCCGCGUAAACUCGACGCAGUCGCUCAAGAUCCGCCACCUCGAAAAUGAAUGUGCCCGCAUGCUCUCGGAGAACCUAGAACUCCGUGGCCAGAUUCUCCAGCUAGAGAAGGAAGUUGAAAACAGCAAGGCGCAGAGGAUUGCGGACCAUGCGUUGGAGAUUAAAAUGAAGCUCGAGGAGCAGUUGGCGGAAUGGGGCAGCAUGCUUUCGGGGCUGGGCCUUGAGCCCCCGCGAAACGGACCUGGCCAGGAGGCCGAGGCAAGGGCGCGAGAGGAGGGUCGAUUGACGCCCAUUCAAGAGCACAGGACAUACCCGAGAGCAACGUUAGAUAGCGAGGAAAUCAUGGCCCUCCGUUCCGAGAUCGCCGCCGCCGAUAUCUCGGCAGCCGACGCCCCCUCGUCGGUGCCCUCCAAGUCUGGGUCAAAGAGGAAGCUUGGCGUACGAGAGGAUAUCGAACCCACCCCCACGACAACGACAGAGGCGGCAGCAUUACCGGCGUUCGCCCCACGAAGAAAAUCAACCAUUGCCAAGGAGCGAAUGGGUGGCAAGACGCUCAAGGAGCUGGCAGCUAUAAGACGCGAGUCCCGAGAUCGCCUCCCCAAGAAGGUGGCAGGAAAGAAGGGGACCCUACCCAACGAAAAACCGGGCAAGGCUCUCAAGUCGAAGCUGAGCAAGGAAGACGUGUCGCAGCGACCGGUGAGAGCCAAGGGCCCCGCGGUCGUCGUAAUCAAGGAGACUCCCGUCCUCGCCCCCGAAGAAGCGAUCAUCACUCCCCUUGCCGAACCCGAACCUGAACGCGUUGCCGCGCUCGAGGCCCACCUACUUUCCCCUUCGCCUGGGCCUAAAUCUCAAGCCGAGUCUAGCGAUACGCCCCCGCCAGCAGAUAUCUCGUGGAAGGGUGAGACAACGCGCCCCAGCCGUCGAUCACGGGCCCCCGUUAGCUACGCCGAGCCCAACCUGCGCGAUAAGAUGAGGCGUCCGACCAAGGACAUGGUCGAUGCUGUUUCGGGCGAGGGCAAGUACCGCCGGUCGAGCAAUGCACCCGCAGAUGACUCGGCGGCGACGACGGAAGGUCUAGCGAAGCCCGAGUCGACCACGGAAGAUUCACAUGAAAAGGCCCCGUUGGCACUCGAGGCGCCGAUGAUGAGUGCCCUUCCAGCAAGCCCCUGGCGCAGAAGAGCACGGUCGACGGCAACGCACUCCCGAUUCCGACGCGAACCCUCCGAGACGGCCGGACGCAAGCUGCGCGUGUCCCGGAGGGUUUCGACGGCCGGCCACACCGAGCUCAGCCUCGAGAGGGAGGAGAUGACCAAGGCGUCGAGGAAGCGCACGUCUAUGCACGUCGGUCGCCGGGCGCGGCAGGACCUCGGCCCUGGAGCGUACGCCGAAGACGGUGACGACGUGGUAGGCCUCGCGGCCGGGGCCAAGGACCGGGCGCUGAGGAGGAAGAGCACGAUGCUCUAG